AUGGGAAAGAUCACCUUCUAUGAGGACCGCGGCUUCCAGGGUCGCCACUAUGAGUGCAGCAGCGACCACUCCAACCUGCAGCCCUACUUCAGCCGCUGCAACUCUGUGCGCGUGGACAGUGGCUGCUGGAUGCUCUAUGAGCAGCCCAACUUCGCAGGCUGCCAGUACUUCCUGAGGCGUGGGGACUACCCUGACUACCAGCAGUGGAUGGGCCUCAGCGACUCUGUCCGCUCCUGCCGCCUCAUCCCCCACUCCAGCUCUCACAGGAUCAGGAUCUACGAGCGCGAGGACUACAGAGGUCAGAUGGUGGAGAUCACUGACGACUGCUUCCACCUCCAGGACCGCUUCCACUUCAGUGACUUGCACUCCUUCCACGUGCUGGAAGGCUACUGGGUCCUCUAUGAGAUGCCCAACUACUGGGGGCGGCAGUACCUGCUGAGGCCCGGGGAGUACAGGCGCUACCACGACUGGGGCGCCGUGAAUGCCAGGGUGGGCUCUCUGAGGAGAAUCGUGGAUUUCUACUGA